AUGAGUAGCCUACUAGGUCUUAACUAUUAUGACGACGAAGAUGAUGAACCACACUCUGAUAAAGAAGGGGUCACGACGAAACAGCAUAAUAACGUUGCAGGUGUAACUCUUUCAACGAAGAUAUUCCGACUGAAAACCAAAGUGAAGAUCAAGAAGAAGCAGGAAGAGACUUUGGGUCUUGUGGAAUUGAGUUUGUUG